UUCUGUGCAAUGUGCAGCCCCCAGGUUAGCCAGGCCAGGAUCUGCCUGGAUCAUAGAAAUCUCAGGUACAAAACCCAAUUGGGUGUCUCCAGGCUCAGGGCCAGGGCAGGAUUUAUUCCCACAGAGCAUUUCUGGUGUUUUUGCCACUCGGGUUUCCAUGGAAAAUCGCCCAAUCCCAGAACCAGGUCCCAAUGAGGUGCUACUGAAGAUGCAUUCGGUCGGGAUUUGUGGAUCUGAUGUUCAUUACUGGCAGAAUGGUAGAAUUGGGGACUUUAUCGUAAAGAAGCCUAUGGUGCUAGGGCAUGAGGCAUCUGGAACAGUCAUCAAAGUGGGGUCAUCAGUAACCCAUCUGAAGCCAGGAGAUCGAGUGGCCAUUGAGCCUGGUGCUCCGCGAGACAUCGAUGAGUUCUGCAAAAUCGGACGCUACAACCUGUCUCCGACUAUCUUCUUCUGUGCGACACCUCCCGAUGACGGAAACCUGUGCCGAUAUUAUGCACACAACGCCAACUUUUGCUACAAGCUUCCAGAUAAUGUCACCUUUGAAGAAGGAGCCCUCAUUGAACCACUUUCUGUGGGAAUCCACGCUUGCCGACGAGGCGGGGUCACUCUUGGAUCCAAAGUUUUAAUCUGUGGAGCCGGACCCAUUGGGCUGGUUUGCUUGCUCGUCGCGAAGAUGAUGGGUGCUGCCCAAGUAGCAAUUACUGAUUUAUCUGCAUCCCGCCUGGAAAAAGCCAAAGAGAUUGGGGCAGAUUUCCCUAUUCAGAUAAAGAAAGAGACCCCAAAGGAUGUGGCCUGCGUGGUGCAAGGUUUGCUUAACUGCAUGCCUGACAUAACCGUGGAGUGCUCCGGCGCAGAAGCCAGCAUCCAAAGUGGCAUUUACGCCACACGCUCUGGCGGGACUCUGGUUCUAGUGGGCCUGGGGCCGGAGAUGGUCCACAUCCCCAUCGUGAAUGCUGCUGUGCGGGAGGUGGAUAUCAAGGGGAUAUUUCGCUACUGCAAUACGUGGCCCAUGGCAAUUUCUAUGCUUGCAUCCAGGAGAGUGAACGUCAAGCCUUUGGUUACACAUCGCUUCCCUCUGGAAAAAGCACUAGAAGCCUUUGAGACAACCAGGAAGGGCCAGGGGGUGAAAGUCAUGCUGAAGUGUGACCCCAAUGAUCAGAAUCCCUGAUGCAGGGCACUGCACUCCUCUCCCUUUAGACUGCCUGGCAUAAAGACAAAGAAUGGGUCUGUAGCAAGGUGGGAGCUAUAGUGAUAAGUUUCUAAGUAGUACGUAGUGUUUGGGGGAAAGUUACAGUGGUGCAGACUGGGCAUUGAAGGAGAAGGGAUUAUGAUCUUAGGAUAUGUACAGCCCUAUCGCGGCUUAAAUGGGGAACCACUAUUUAGGAACCAAACUGGGGCCAAAAUCCUCCCCUCAGAUCUGUACAGGAGAUCUGGGCGCAGUCUCCCUCCUGUACACUGUCACUCCCUGAGGAUCUGAGAGGAGAACUUUGCUCCUGGAAAGGACCUGUCAGUGUUCACUUCUUCUCUGGUGGACUGUACAUUCUGAAAACCAUAGGUCUCUCUGCGUUGCAUCAGACAGAAGGCUUCACCUGCAUCUGCAUUGACGAAUCCCCUAGGUCACAACCUGGAUUUGGACAUGCUGAAGCACUCAGCUCCUGAGAAUGGGAGUGAAAGUUGUGCAGAAUGGUGUGUCUGAGCCUUUGUUCAAGGUUGGAACAAUACUCUCCUGGACCUGGCUUCGAGCAGCGCAGGGCAAUGGUUUGUACUGGGGGUACAAGCUCGGUGCUAUUUCCAGCUCCUGCUCUGUGUUUCCUGUUGGUUUUGUUCUGUUAACAAGAAAUCUGCCUAGUGGCCCAAGAGUUUUCACAAUAAAUGCUGAUGGAAUGGCUCUG